AUGUCUAAGUUACGUGAUUGUCGGGUCAUAGAAGGGUAUCUGAACAUUGUGCUCAUGGAAAGAGCCACUGAAGCAUCCUUCGUGAACGUCAGCUUUCCUCUACUGAGAGAAGUCACCGGCUACAUACUGAUAUACAGAUUGAAGGGUGUACGUAAUUUGGGUGAUUUGUUCCCAAAUUUAACAGUUAUACGUGGUAUGCAGCUGUUCAAGGAUUUCGCUCUUGUUAUUUUUGAUAAUGAAGGACUAGAGUCCCUGGGCCUGCACUCGCUGUCUCGUAUCGAGAGCGGCGCCGUCCGUAUACAGAACAACGACCACCUGUGUUACGCGAACACCAUCGACUGGUCACGGAUCAACGCCGAGGGGCCACAGAAUAAUAUCAUCAGAUCAAACUACGACACGCGUCUCUGCGGGCUGUGUCCUAACGCGCAGAGUCGUAUGGAUGACCACAGACAACAGCGUCUGCAGUGUCCGUCAGAUUUUACGGGCCGGCUGCUCUGCUGGGACGAGAAACACUGCCAGAAACGAGAUUGUCCAUCUAAAUGCGGUAAGAGGGCAUGCAUGGACACUGGCGAGUGUUGUCAUGCGAGUUGCCUCGGCGGCUGCAGCGGACCCUUCGCCAGUGACUGCUACGCGUGCACCAACUUUUCAUUGGACUACGGCAAGAACAGAACUUGUAUGGAGCGAUGUCCGGCUAAUACUUAUGAGCUCCACCGUCGUUGUGUGACGGAGCAGGAGUGCCGCUCGACCCCGCCGCCCCUGUCGGGCGGUCGGCAACAGAUCAACGCCUACAAGAUACUAAGAGGACGCUCCUGCGUGUACUCGUGCCCCGCCGGGUAUAUGGAGGUGGGUACCAGGAACAACUCCACGUGUGAGCCGUGCCCCGCGUCAGGGUGUGUGCGGGAGUGUCCCGGCGGGAAGGUGGACUCGGUCGCCUCCGCAGAGGACUUCAGAGGCUGCACUCACAUCAAGGGUACCCUGGACAUCUCCGUGAGGGCCAGGGGAGGUAACACGGUGGCCGUGUUGGAGUCGACGCUGGGCGAGAUCCGUGUGAUCGAGGGCGCGCUGCGCGUGGUCCGCGCGGUGCCGGUGGUGUCGCUCAUGUUCCUCAGGAGUCUGCAGCGGAUCGGCGGGAAGAACGCUGACAAAGGCCAGAGUCUAUACAUCUUCAACAACCCGAACCUGGAGAUGCUGUGGAACUGGUCCACUCAUAAGUCCAUAGAAAUAUCUGAGGGCAGGCUGUUCAUACACUUCAACCCCAAGCUGUGCUACAGCCAGCUGUUACCCCUGAAGAAUAUGACGAAGAUACCCGUGAAGACCUUCAGCGAGAACGAGGUGUCCCAGGACAACAACGGAGACCAGGCUUCUUGUUUCCAGGACACUUUGCACCUGAAGGUGAGCGAGCUGUUCCCUAAGGUGGUUAUUCUUAAGUGGGACACGUACUGUCUGGAGGACACUCGGAAACUGUUGGGCUACUCCAUCUACUACGUGGCCGCGGAACAUAACGUGACGCUGUACGGGCAGAGAGACGCCUGCUCCGACAAUUGGAAUGUUCUGGACGUAACGAUCGACGAAGCGAGAAACAACACGAAAGAGGAACCCAAGAACAAGAAGGCCUUGUUACAGAGUCCCUGCAACACUCCCAACCAGCCGCUGUUCUACCCUCUGUCGCAGUUGACGCCCUACACUCGGUACGCGGCCUAUGUCAAGACAUACACCACCCUACAGGACAGAAAGGGCGCUCAGAGCCCCAUCAUAUACUUCCAGACUUUACCAGGACCGCCUAGUCCUCCACUCGGACUUACAGUAGAAUCUCUGAAGGAUCAUUCCGCGACCAUCAAGUGGCAGCCGCCGUCCAUGUCCAACGGCACCAUCAUCCUGUACUACGUAGAAAUCCAGGCCAACAACUAUAACCGACCAAAGAUAUUGGCCCUCAACGUCAACUACUGCGGCAAUCCUAGCGCGCUCGUGAACAUGAUUGCAAUGAGAGGCGAGGAGGGGCCGGAGAAGGAGAAGAAGGAGAGGAAAGGGGAGGGAGUUUCGGGGGGGGUGGGGGGGCCGCGGGCACCGGCGAGGUGGGAACGGGUCGAGAGCAUCAACUUCGAGAACGAGCUGCAGAACCUGGUGUACGUGAAGGUCCGCCAGAGCGCCCCUUCUAACGAGUCUUCGUCGAGCCGCAUCCGUCGCUCGGUGACAGCAGCCGUCAACAGCAUGCUGGUCAUCCUCACCGACCCUCACUCGCCGCACAUGGGCCGGAACAACACCAACGACACGGACGGCAAGUACGUGAAGUCCCUGUACUAUGACUUGGAGGGCAGCGCGCGUUCUUUGACAGUGGACAACCUGCGUCACUUCACGUGGUACACGGUCAACGUGUGGGCGUGUCGCGAGAGGGACGCCAACGAAACCUACGAGGCCUACGAGCGCUCUUGGUGCUCCGAACGAGCGCACUACACCUUCCGCACGCUCGAGAGAUCGAACGCGGACGUGGUGCGGAGCCUGCAGGCGGAAGUGCUGCCCUCCAACAAGACGCUACCGGAAGUGAACGUAACGUGGGUCCCGCCCGAGGACCCUAACGGAUUCGUAGUCGCUUAUAACGUGUACCACUCACGGGUCGAAAAUAAUAAUCAGGAGAUGGGUCUAGGCAGCUGUAUCACGGCGGAGGACUACGAGGCCAACGGUCGAGGGAUGCUGGUCCGCAACCUCGCGCCCGGGAACUACUCGCUGCGGGUCACGCCGCUCACACUGGCUGGUUCCGGAAACGUCUCCACAGACCUCUACGUCUUUAUACCGGAGCGCGCGGUGGAGCAGAGCUACGAGUGGGUGUGGGGCGUGGUGGUUGCGUGCGGCGUGUUAGUAUCGGUGGUGGUGGCGGGCGUGUGGUACGCGCGCCGCACGCUGCAGCCCGCCGAGAACAACAAGCUGUUCGCGAGCGUCAACCCCGAGUACGUGUCCACGGUCUACGUGCCCGACGAGUGGGAGGUGCCGCGAGGAAACAUCGAGUUUGUACGGGAACUGGGACAGGGAUCCUUCGGCAUGGUGUACGAGGGCAUAGUGAAGAAUAUAGAAAAAGGUAAACCGGAGACGAGGUGCGCCGUGAAGACAGUCAACGAACAUGCGACCGACCGCGAGCGUAUCGAGUUCCUAAACGAGGCCUCCGUGAUGAAGGCCUUCGACACGUUCCACGUGGUCCGCCUGCUGGGCGUCGUGUCGCGCGGUCAACCCACGCUAGUUGUUAUGGAGCUCAUGGAGCACGGCGACCUCAAGAGCUACCUGCGCUCACACAGACCUGACGCUGACUCCUCGCUGCCCAAGAAGGGAAACAUGCAGCCGCCCACGCUGCAGAAUAUACUACAGAUGGCCAUUGAAAUAGCGGACGGUAUGGCGUACUUGUCGGCCAAGAAGUUCGUGCACCGUGACCUGGCGGCUAGGAACUGUAUGGUGGCUGGCGACCUGACUGUUAAGGUCGGGGACUUCGGCAUGACUAGGGACAUAUAUGAGACUGAUUACUAUAGGAAGGGCACCAAGGGACUGCUGCCCGUCAGGUGGAUGAGCCCUGAGAGUUUAAAGGACGGGGUAUUUUCAAGUAGCAGUGACGUGUGGAGUUACGGAGUGGUGUUAUGGGAGAUGGCCACGCUCGCUAUGCAGCCGUAUCAGGGUCUGUCCAACGAGCAGGUGGUGCGUUACGUGGUGGAGGGCGGCGUGAUGGAGCGUCCCGAGCACUGCCCCGACCGGCUGUACGAGCUGAUGCGGGCCUGCUGGGCCCACAGGGCGCCGGCCCGGCCCUCCUUCCUGCGCCUCGUGGCCGACCUCGCGCCCGCCGCGCAGCCCUACUUCAGGCACCGAUCGUUCUUCCACACGCCCCAGGGGCAGGAGAUGUACGCGCUGCAGAGGACCGCUCUAGACGAGGAGGCGGAGAUGCAGGAAGUGAACGUGGGCGCGGUGGCCACGGGCUCCGGGUCUAAUUUAUUCGGCGUAUCGGGGCGGCUGGCCUCGUGGGUCAGGGAACUAUCGUCUCUGAGGUCCCGGGGCUCCGAUGACGCCGCCGCUGAGCCGCUCCAGCCCGCCGACGACGUGCACACUCCUCGGGCUAUUCCGCUGAGGCCGGCACGCGCUCUACUCGCGCCGACGCUCAACGGCGCCCUGCGGGACACUCCGGCGUGCUAG